UCUAUAGAAGACACAGCAGCAAGACUCCCAGAUGAACAACCGAAAGGAAGAUAUGGAAAUCACUUCUCACUACCGGCACCUGCUUCGGGAGCUCAAUGAGCAGAGGCAGCACGGAGUCCUGUGUGAUGUAUGUGUCGUGGUGGAGGGCAAGGUCUUCAAGGCACACAAGAACGUCUUGCUUGGGAGCAGCCGCUACUUCAAGACACUGUACUGUCAGGUACAGAAGACAUCUGACCAGGCCACAGUAACUCACUUGGACAUUGUCACAGCCCAGGGCUUCAAGGCCAUUAUUGACUUCAUGUACUCUGCCCACCUGGCUCUCACCAGCAGGAAUGUUAUUGAGGUGAUGUCAGCUGCCAGCUUCCUACAGAUGACUGACAUCGUGCAGGCCUGCCAUGAUUUCAUCAAGGCUGCACUGGACAUCAGUAUCAAGUCAGAUGCCUCAGAUGAACUCUCUGAGUUUGAGAUUGGCACCCCAGCCAGCAACAGCACAGAGGCACUGAUCUCAGCUGUGAUGGCUGGAAGGAGCAUCUCCCCAUGGCUGGCUCGGAGAACAAGUCCUGCCAAUUCUUCUGGAGACUCUGCCAUUGCUAGCUGUCAUGAAGGAGGGAGCAGCUAUGGGAAGGAGGACCAGGAACCUAAGGCCGAUGGCCCUGAUGAUAUUUCUUCACAGGCUUUGUGGCCUGGAGAUGUAGGCUAUGGGUCUCUGCACAUCAAGGAAGAACAGGUUUCGCCAUCACAUUAUGGAGGGAGUGAGCUUCCAUCCUCUAAGGACACUGCAAUACAGAACUCUUUAUCAGAGCAGGGUGCUGGGGAUGGCUGGCAGCCCACAGGCCGGAGGAAGAAUCGGAAAAACAAAGAGACUGUCCGACAUAUCACGCAGCAGGUAGAAGAGGACAGCCGGGCUGGCUCCCCAGUACCCUCAUUCCUGCCAACAUCGGGAUGGCCUUUCAGCAGUCGAGACUCAAAUAUGGACCUGACUGUCACUGAGGCCAGCAGCUCGGACAGCAGAGGUGAGAGAGCAGAGCUCUAUGCACACAUCGAUGAGGGCCUCCUAGGAGGAGAAACCAGCUACUUGGGCCCACCCCUCACCCCAGAGAAGGAUGAAGCACUGCACCAGGCCACUGCAGUGGCCAACCUUCGUGCAGCACUCAUGAGUAAGAACAGUCUGCUGUCACUCAAGGCUGACGUGCUCGGUGACGAUGGCUCGCUUCUGUUCGAGUACCUGCCCAAAGGUGCCCACUCGUUGUCUCGUAAGUGCAACCUCUGGUGUGUCACUGUGUCCUGCUUUGAUUUUUAGCACCUCAUUUCAACUCUCAGACCCAGGUGUCACUGAGCCUGUCAGGCAGAUCGGCUGUGGGUUGCAGCUACCUUCCAACUACCUCCAAGUCUUUCAGGAUGUAGACUGGCUUUGUGUCCAAUGGGACCAGCAUGCUUGCUUUACAGAACCAGAAGGGAAUUGGUAUAUAUUGUUGGACAUCAAGAGGGAGCAGUGAGCACUUGUUGGAACGGUUUGUGCUCAAACUUGAAGCAUCUAAACCUAAAACCCACCGAGCUUAAAAGUGCACACAAUUAGUAAACCUAAGCCACAAGUCCCUUUAAGCCAGUGGCAGGUCUGGUGUCUGAUAGUCUUUGUGUCCAGGGAACAGGUACUGGCUCCCUCUGCUGGUCCCGGCACCCAGCCUUUGUGCUGGGAUUUGUUCUGUGUAGGAGACAUGCAGAGAGCCGCUGACCUGGAUGUGGAGCUUGCUUUGUUCUUGUUAGAGAGUGCUGUCAUGUGUGUGUUUUUAGAAAGGAGUUGGAUGCUGCAUAUAAGACCGUAGUGUGUCUAGAUGAAAUUCAGACCACAGACUGACAAUGCUGCAGCUGAAGGGCAGCUACUGUUCAGCUGGCGUUCAGCAAGCUGGCUCCCUCAAGCUGCCUUUUCCUGUGAGAUAAGAGGCAUUAGCAUCUGCAGAGCUCCUAGCCACAAGACAGGCUGCUUCCCAUGUCACAUUACAUGCUAACAAUAGUAGUCAUCUGGGUGAUGCUGGGAGAAUGGUGUGACUGCCCUGGGCAUCAACCUAGCUCCAGAACUUCCCGUUCAUCUGGUGCUCAGCAUGAGUGUGAGAAAAUGACCUGAUACCUUUCUCUUUGGGGAAGUAAGGGACACACCCCACUCUGGAUACACUGAGUUGGGAACAUGAGGGGUAUCCUGUCCCAGGAAGCCCAAGGACAUGUAUGAUGGUGACUGGUAAUCCUCCAAGCCACUGAAUUGCAGGACAGUUUCCAGCUGCCUUUGAUGCUGGCACUUUGGACCAUGUUUACGGUUUUGUUUCCAUGAGCACUAAAACAUUAUUUGUUGGGCUUUUGUAUUGGUUUGAGGAGUUAUGCAAAUCGUUUAUGGCAAAUAAA